AUGGUGAAAUUUGGGGCUGUGAUUGGAAAAGAAGAUGGAGGGGAAGACGAAGACGAUGAGAUUGUUAUGGUGAUUCAUCACAACAAUCAAAUCAAUGAUAUAUCAAAAAGAAUAGGCAUAAAAAGAAUAGGCGUCAAAGUGAAUUCAGCUGCAAAAUUGAAACUGAUGGCAAGGGUAGAAGAGAACCAGGCAGUACCUCUUCUAGAGCCUGCUACUAUGGAAGUGGGAAUCCUCCUUCUCAAGGCCGAAAGAAGUAUAGGGGAGCUCCUUUGUAAUGUAAUGAAGGUUGAAGUGCAUCAGAAGGGCUUGGUUGGCCAAUAG